AUGUACUACAUCCUAAGACGAACGUACUACUGGCCACACAUGGCUGUAGAAGUGGCGGCGACAGUACAGAACUGUCGACAUUGCGCGAAGAACCGCAAGGGACGCAAAUACCUUCUUGUGAUCACGGAUCGUUUCACGAAACCUACGCAGGUCGUUGCGUUACGAAGCGUCACCGCUUAUGUCGUCGCCGUUGCCUUUUGCGAGGCCUGGGUAUUUAAAUGCGGAGUGCCAAAAACACUACUGUCAGACAACGGUCCGCAAUUCUCUGCCCGAUUCUUCCGGUCCGUUUGUGAAGUUCUCGGGGUAACGAACCUCUUUAACUCAGCUUACCAUCCACAAACGAACGGACAGACCGAGCGGUACAACCGUACGAUCGUGGCCAUGCUACGAAAUUACGUGAACGAGCACCAGAACGACUGGGAUGUUUACGCCAGAGCGUUAAUGUACGCUUACAACUGUCACCUGCACAGAUCUAUAAGGACACCCCCUUUCGAUUUAGUGUUAACGCGACCUCCGCCAGAUUUCUCUUUGCAUCACUCUGUGCGACGACGUUCUACGCCGGACGCGACCGCCCGUGACGAUUUCAGAUAA